AUGUCCGCGGUAGAAACACAGCUGCAAAGCCCGAUCGAGGGAAGUGAUAUGGUGAACGGUAAUCAAACGGCAACCAUACUGGAGCUGGCAAUGGUCGCGCUACGGUUAACUAAAGCGACCGGUACGGAUGGCAACAGUAAUAAUGGCCACCAGCAGCGACUACGACAACAGAUUACGCUCAGUGAGGUGGCUUAUCACGAUUGCUAUGACGAUUGCUGGAUCGUACUGUACGAUCGUGUGUACGAUGUUACGAAUUUUCUGAAAUUGCACCCUGGCGGACAUGAUGUGCUGGUGGAGAAUGCAGGACGCGACGCUACCAUCGCCUUCCUCAAUGCUGGACACUCUGGUACGGCGAUCAAGUCCCUCAAACAGUACGAAAUAGGCGAACUUCCACCGAGCGAAUGUAUCUACAGGUGUACGGGAAAGCUCACCCUAACCCUGCCCGACUAAACGGUCGCUGAGGGCUGGAAAAUGCGAAUGCCUGUACGCUCCAAACAGCAAAGCCCUUAAUACCUCUCUACCAGCUGCAUCCAUUUCACACCACGAUGAUGGUUCAUCGUGCUCUUGUGCUAUUUAUUGCAUUUUCGAUUUCCCCCUUACGUUAACGAAUGGUAACUGAGCUUUAAUUUUAAAUCUAGAUGUGACAGUAUUCGACGAACUUGAGAACACGUUGAGACUUCGUUAUUAUUAUUUAAGCACAUACAUUAAAGUGAGCGAAUAGAACAGAAGCUUAUUUCGUGUUGAUAAUGACAGUCUACCAAACUACACGAAAUGUCCAUAAGUUGUCUGUUAUAGAUCUUGCUGUAGUUUCUUUCUCUCUGGAAGGGCCGCUGGUAAAUGAAGUCCCGACCUCGUUUAUCGCAAUGGAAGCACUGCUGUGCUACAGUCAGCUCGAGGUCACCAAAUGAUUGAGUGGGUCAGAACAAAUGAUUUCACAGCAAUGUUGAGGGCUAAAUUUAGCUUUGGCUUGCUGUUUCGGAACUUUGUUCCAGAGAUUGUAAGACACUAAUUAGGGACACCUUCGAGCACUUGAAGCUGUGCCUCCAAUAUGGAACUACGGACAAGAUUACCAGCAAUCAGUUGAGUUGUACAAACGAACGCAUCAGAUUCACACUAAUUCUAAACUGUUGAAACCAUUUCUAAUGAAA